CGGCCGGAUAAACACCCUUCCCUUCCUCCUCUCGGCCGGGUUGGUGUGUCUUCCUUCCGGCUUGCCGAAGAAAGUUGAGGGAGGUUCAGCGGCAACUGGGCUUUUACAUAAUGGACAGCCAGGGAAGGAAAGUGGUGGUCUGUGACAAUGGGACUGGGUUUGUCAAGUGCGGCUAUGCAGGCUCCAACUUCCCAGAGCACAUCUUCCCUGCGCUUGUUGGGAGGCCCAUCAUUCGCUCGACAGCCAAAGUUGGAAACAUUGAGAUUAAGAAUGGCCAGAAGAUGGACCUGAUGGUGGGGGACGAGGCCAGCGAGCUGCGCUCCAUGCUGGAGGUCAACUACCCCAUGGAGAACGGCAUUGUCAGGAACUGGGAUGACAUGAAGCACCUGUGGGACUACACCUUCGGCCCAGAGAAGCUCAACAUCGACUCGCGCAACUGCAAGAUCCUGCUGACCGAGCCGCCCAUGAACCCCACCAAGAACCGUGAAAAAAUCAUUGAGGUGAUGUUUGAGACCUACCAGUUUACAGGAGUCUACAUUGCUAUUCAAGCUGUCCUGACACUGUAUGCCCAAGGCCUUCUAACCGGUGUGGUGGUGGACUCAGGUGACGGUGUGACACACAUCUGUCCAGUGUAUGAGGGUUUCAGCCUGCCACACCUGACAAGACGCCUGGACAUUGCAGGCAGGGACAUCACCCGCUACCUCAUCAAGUUGUUGUUGUUGAGGGGUUACGCCUUCAACCACUCUGCAGACUUUGAGACGGUGCGGAUGAUGAAGGAGAAGCUGUGCUACGUGGGCUACAACAUCGAGCAGGAACAGAAGCUGGCGCUUGAGACCACCGUGCUGGUGGAAUCAUACACGCUGCCAGAUGGUCGUGUGAUCAAGGUGGGAGGAGAGCGGUUUGAGGCCCCGGAGGCUCUGUUCCAGCCCCACCUCAUCAACGUGGAGGGUGUCGGAGUGGCUGAGCUCCUCUUCAACACCAUCCAGGCAGCCGAUAUAGACACCAGGGCUGAGUUCUACAAACACAUCGUCUUAUCAGGAGGAUCCACCAUGUACCCGGGCCUGCCUUCUCGACUGGAGAGGGAACUCAAACAGCUGUACCUGGAGCGUGUGCUCAAGGGAGAUGUGGACAAACUUUCGAAAUUUAAGAUCCGGAUUGAGGAUCCUCCCAGGCGAAAGCACAUGGUGUUCCUGGGCGGAGCUGUGCUGGCCGACAUCAUGAAGGACAAGGACAACUUCUGGCUGACCCGGGAGGAGUACCAGGAGAAAGGAGUCCGCGUGCUGGAAAAACUCGGAGUCACAGUCAGAUAAAGCACUGGACAGACAGACCACACACACACACACACACACACACAUACAUGACAUACACACAUUUCCCCCCUCGCCCACAUCGCAGAGUAUAUAUCUAUUUAUCCCUCUUCUUCUCUCUUUCGGCUCUUGAUACUCUUCAAACAUCGGAGGGAGUCGAGCCGCCACCUCCCUUUUCUCUCCCUGCUCUCUGCCUCUCUUCUCUCCUGGUUUUGGGAUUGGCUCACACUUUUCCUUGCAAGCCCUCGAGAACCAAUUCCAUCUUUGCAGAUUUACACUGAAACCCCUCCUCCUUCACUUAAACUAUGAAUUGAAGGAUUAAUGUUGCCCUGCUGGUGUAUUUUGGAGUCUGGUGCAGAAGGUUAAAACCAGGGCCUGAAAUAUUAACUCUGCAUGUUUACCUGCAAAUAGGUUAGUUGUAAAUUAAAUUCGGCAGGUAAGCCCACCAGCCACUCCACAGUGAGUGUUUCAGAAAGUUUAGUUUCCGCCCUCGAUUAAACCUCCAGGGGGGAUAAAUUGAUGCAAAGUUUCAUAAGCGUCUGUAAUAUCACAAUCAGGGUCCACCACAAACAGCCACGGGCCGCUUUAAGCAUCUGUUCCACGUGAGCGAGAACUGAUCACAUUUUUACGUCGGCUUUUAUAAAUGAUAUCAUGAUGUUUCUUUUCUGGGAGAGGGAUUACUUUUUGUUCUGCUUUUCCUUGUUGUUGGAUGUAUGAGUUCAGUUUAUAUCUUUUUUUUUUUUUUUUUUUUUUUUUUCAUUGACAUAUUUUGUUGCUGUGCACUACUACCAUUGUAAAUGGAGUGUAUUGUAGUAACAGAAGUUCCUCCAUGUUUUUAUGAAGAAUUGAUGGUUGAUUUAUAUAGAGACAAGUACACAAAGGAAAGCCCCUGAGCUUGACAUCGGGUGUGACUGUACUUUGGGGUUUGUGGGUGGUGAGAUAAUGAUGGGAUGUGUGUGGGAGAGGGGGGGGAGUCAUACUAUUUGUUCCUCAUCCGACAGCCUCGCUUCUGCCUCCUCUCAAGCUGAAUGAAUGGGUGUGAGCAGUUGUAGCAAUAUUACAAACUGUGACGACACCAUAGCACCUCACCUGUCGUAUUCCUUCAGAUCCACCAAAGCACGGAGGCAGUCGCAGGUUAACGAUGAGAUCGAUUUGAAUCUGGGCGCAGAGCACCGACCGUAUUUAGGUUCUCCAGUCUUUCAGUCAACUUAAUGACUAUUGGAGGCACUUCUAUUUUGAGUAUGACAAACGUGUAGAAUUUUUUUCCCCCCUCUUUCCAUGAACGUCUAUCCAGUGCCAAGAGCAGUUAACGUUAACUGGAUCUCUCAAUGUCUUUCUUUUUGUCACUGUUUUUGUUUUUAUUUUCCUGUGUUCAUAGCAUAACUGCCUAACACUGAUUUAAAUAAAGAAAAGUGAUUUAUAAGGA